AUGACUGAUCGUACGGAUGGUACAUCGUCGUCGCCUAAUCAUGCACACCACCGGAGACCAGAGAACCAGGAGGAAGAGGACAAGCUUGGAAGUGAAGGUGAAGAUGCGGGGGUCUUUAAGCGAGAUCGGGCGCUCGCAAUGAUGAAGAAGACGAGGGGCUAUGACGCUAGAAUCUAA